UGUAUGGUCGGUCAGUGGGAAGCAGCGCGUCCUACCUGUCAGCAUGCUGUCAGCUGCGCAGCACCUGGAAAGGAGGGAGCUGAUCUCGGCAGCCUGGGAUCUCCAUAUGCUGGCAGCAGACUUGUGUCUGUAUUAAUGGGAUAAGCCUUGCUGGACUCCUUCCCUCUCUUAUUUUGUAAUUCAGUGGAGAAUGUGUGGGGGCACCCAGAGAACUGGCAGCUAUGCUGGGUGCUGCUCAAAAAGGCUGAGAAACAGGUGGAUUGCCACUUGCCUGCUUGCAGACAGAUCUAAAUCUUCUGGCAGCAGUGCGGCGACAGGAACGCGCAUGAGACCAGCGGCAAAUAACCUUCCCGACACUGGUUAUUGCACCCAGCCAAGUUGGCCUUGUACAGAGUUUGACUUGAACUGCAUUCGAUUGGUUGUUUACCAGGACUGUGAAAGAAGGGGCAGACAUGUCUUGUUUGACUCCAGAGCAGUCCGUGAAAUAAAGGAUGAACACGCACAGAGAUCCGGAGAAGAGGCUCCAGCCAGAUCAAAACCCUGUCAGACCAGCAGCAGUGGGACAUGUACCAUCUCCUCCCGAAAUGCAGCAUCAGGAUGUGCCCAGCCUGCCAGGGAGCAGCUGCCAAAGUACCAGUACACCAAGCCAGCCUCGGACGUGAACAUGCUGGGGGAGAUGAUGUUUGGUUCUGUGGCAAUGAGUUACAAAGGUUCCACCUUAAAGAUUCACCUAAUCCGGUGUCCUCCUCAGCUUAUGGUUAGUAAAGUCUUUUCGGCUACAGUCGGAGGUUUCAGCGGCAGCACCAGCACUUUACAGGAUAGCAUGGAGAACAUCAGUCAUGAGGGCACAGGAGCCAGGCUUGGUGUGAGCCACACUGGACAAGGGUUAUCCCAGAAUGGAUCCAAUUUAGGUAUUUUACAGAUGUGUGGCAGCAAACUGCUGCCUGCCAUGUUUGAAGCACGCCCCCUCCGGCUCAUCCGGAGUGCCUCUUUCUUUGCAGCCCACAGCACACCGGUGGAUAUGCCAAGCAGGGGGCAGAAUGAAGACAAGGAUAGCGGCAUUGCUCGAUCAGCAUCUUUGAGCAGCCUUCUGAUAACCCCUCUCCCUUCGCCAAGUACCUCAUUCUCAAGUAACUGUGCUAGCAGCUAUCAGCGCCGUUGGCUGAGGAGUCAAACUACCAGUUUAGAGAAUGGUGUUGUGCCACGAUGGACCACAGAAGAGACCUUUAGUAUGGCUGAUGAAAGCUAUACUUCCAACCCAGCAACGAUUGGUCGAAAGAAGAUUGCAAUUAGUGUCAUCUUCUCCUUGUCUGAAGAGGAGGAAGCGCAACGGAACUUCCAAGAUUUCUUUUUCUCACAUUUCCCUUUGUUUGAGUCUCACAUGAAUAAGCUGAAAUCUGCAAUCGAGAAGGCAAUGAUCUCCUGCAGGAAAAUUACAGAAUCGAGCCAACGGGUGCAGGUUUACCUCAGUCAGGUCAUGGAGGCUCUGGGCCAGUUUAGGGAAACCAUCUGGAGCUUGUACUGCGCUCCUCGCAUCGCUGAGCCAGUAUGGCUUACCAUGAUGUCCAGUACUGCCGAGAAGAGUCAGCUCUGCCAGCAUUUCCUGAAGGAGUUCACCGAUCUCAUUGAGCAGCUUAACAAGAACCAGUUCUUUGCAGCAUUAAUCACUGCUGUUCUGACUUACCAUCUGGCUUGGGUUCCAACAGUGAUGCCAAAUGACCAUCCUCCAAUAAGGUCUUUUUGUGAAAAGCACACUUCUCAGUCAGUCAGUCUGCUGGCCAAAUCUCACCCAUAUAACCCCCUGUGGGCUCAGCUUGGUGAUCUCUAUGGAGCUAUAGGGUCUCCUGUCAGAAUGACUCGAACUGUUGUUGUAGGAAAACGUAAAGACUUGGUCCAGCGCAUUUUGUAUGUCCUUACCUAUUUCAUCCGUUGCUCUGAACUUCAGGAGAACCAUCUGGUUCACAGCAGAGUCUUGAAGAAAGGGGAGCAGAUUGUACAGGGAAGUAAUGUGACAACUUCACUUGAGAAGGGGGAGGUAGAAGACUCUGAAUAUGUGGUCAUAACACUGAACAAUGAGUCUGCCCUGUUGUCUCCUUCUCUGCCCUCUAGCUUGGGUGUUAGAUCACCUCAAAAUGGACUUGAGCCUUCUGAAAUUACAGUGACUGCAGAAAAUAAAAGUGAUGGCUACUUUCAGUUGACCCAGAGAACUGUUGCACCUCCUACUAGCAAUGGAGCUAUUUUACAUAAUGAAAGUUCUUGUAAAGAAAGUGUAACAUUGGUGAAAGAAGCCAAAGUAGAGACUUUGGUUUCAGUCACGAGAACACCAGCUUACAAAGCUGAAGACAUGUUUACCUCGGAUUAUCUUACAUCCCAUGUUAAAGGCCACCACUCUGCUGGCAAAUAUGACAAAAAAGCUAGCUCUCCAGUGCAACUGUCCGAAUGGGCAAAGGAAGUACUUCGUUCAGACCUUAAAGAGGAUAAUUCUCCUCCUCCAGGGAAAGUAACCUUCAGAAUGGGAUGUUCCCCAUCUUCUGACUCUGACCUGGAGACCUCCAGGAAUGAAGUAGAUAACAACGUAAAGCCUGAACAGUCAAGUGAGUCCAAAAAUGACUUCCGUGCUGCUCACCGAAGGAGGAAAAUGCUUUCACGGAUCCCCUCUUGUGAAGGAGGUUCCAGUUUAUUUGACGAGUAUUUUGUGGAGGGCAACAAUAUUGAAACUAAUACAGCAGAAUCUCUUCCCUGUAAUUCUCUAUUAUCAGAAAAAUGUUUUGUGUCUAGUGCAGUAGCCUAUAAUCACAGGGAGAAAAGAACUUGUGAGAAUGACCUGACAGUCCACCCUCCUCAGAUGCCCUCUCGAAGUAUCCCCUGUGGGGAUCCACUCAAAACGAGUGGAGGCAGGCUGGAGGGAAACCUUCAAAGGAACAAGAGUUAUGACAGUGCCCUGGGCCACAGUGACGAGGAGCUGAACACAGAUCGCACCCAUUCAGAAGACUGGGACCACAACAAUGACUAUGCAGAAGUAGAGCUUCCAAUUCCUAGAUCUGAAGUCAUCAGCAGCCCAAGUGUUAAAAACUUUGGGCGGUCUCUGUUUGGUGGUUACUGCUCCACAUAUAUGCCUGAUAUGGUGCUUCAUGGGAUUGCAAGUACUGAGAAGCUGAAGCCAUGCUUGACGGCCAGCCUGGCUCACUCAACCCACCACCCUGUCCUGGAUGAGCCCCUUGCAGAAGCCGUGUGCAUAGUGGCAGACACGGAUAAAUGCAGUGUGCAGGUUGUCAGCAGCCAGAAGACCACCACGGACAGCAUGAAGCUUGGUACAGAAGUCUUGGUGUCCAGUCAAGUGUGCAGUUUGCUUCAAUCUGUUUUACAGCUUCACAAGCUGAGAACCCCCCCUGUGUUUUGUGUGAUGCAUCUAGAGGACAAACUACAAGAGUUGUACUUGAAAAGUAAAAUGCUUUCUGAGUACCUGAGGGGACACACCCGAGUCCAUGUGAAAGAGCUUGGAAUCGUGUUGGGGAUUGAAUCCAAUGACUUGCCUUUGUUGGCGGCCGUGGCAAGUACCCAUUCUCCUCAUGUUGCCCAAAUCCUUUUAUAAGCUGCAUCGUACAUUCGGUCAUUCCAUAAGCUACGGAGGAGAAACAACCAUUCUGGAAAAGGGGAGACCUGACGCCUCUGUUCUUCUGAACUGUAUCCCCUGCAUCCUAAUGGGGGCACUUUUUAAAGUUUACAUGACGUGAAGGCAUUCUGCCAUCCCCAGUGGCCUUUUUGUCGCUUCACAGUAAAGCAUUUUGGGAAAACUUUGAAAUACUUAAACUCUUCAUUGCUGAUGUCUGGACAGUCACUUUUUUUUUGGAAAUCUUUCCACCAAUGUCGUGUAGAACAGGAAGAUGUGGAGAAUUCGGCAUGUAAUUCUAUUGUAUGGCCUUUAUAGGAUAUGACCUGGUGCCUAUAUACACAGUGAAUAGUCUUACAAGCAUAACACCCCAAACAAUCCCCUCUGCUUAUUCUCCUGCAUUUCGCCACUAUCCCACAACUACAAGUCCCAGCAUGCUCUGCUGGAUAUAUUCCAAGGAAACGUUAUAACGUCCUGACGUGGAACUGGCUGACCAGUUAGAGGGUACAUUCCUGGUUGUUGUUCUUGAUAAAUGGUACCCAUGGCCCAUAUGGUCCCAUAAGCAACAAAUCCAUGUUGAGAUUUGAAUUCUAAACUGCACUGGAAAAUUUUUAUGUUUUGUUUACUGCACUUGGAGGGGAGGGUGUCGAGAAAUAAUAGUUAUUUAAGGGCAUCUCGAAGGGUCCUUUUACUUGAGCAGAUUUCUAAAAAUUCACCACCCUUUCAAAGGAAUAUUCUCAUCUUAUAAAGUUAUGGUGUAUGGCUAAGCUAUGCUAUUACUUUAUGAUCAGUGGGGGUCUGAUCUCUAUGGAUCCUGAGAAUGUAGCCCUGUGUCUGUUAGGUUUUCCUGGCAUGAUGACUCUCCUGGCCACUCGUCUGUGACGUGUACUGCAGCACAGCCCCAUUCUAGCUUGUUUUUGGUCUGGGCCCCACCAAUUUUGAGAAUAAAGGGGCCACAGUGCUGCAUCCCCUUUAGGAUUUCUCUGCGGAGACUACCGAGCUGUACAGAACUGCAGAUUGAAUGGGGCUGUGCUGCAAAUCUCUGUACAGCUGGGUGGUCUCCGCAGAGAAAUCCUAGAAGGGAAUGCAGCGCUGUGGCCCCUUUAUUCUCAAAAUUGGUGGGGCUCAGUCCCACCGAUCAUAGCUUGAUGGCAAAAUCCUAGCCAUUUGCCCUCACUUUACCCCAUUAACACAUGACUGGUGCUGAUAAUAGAAGCCAUUCAAGGGGAGGAACGUACAGAUUAGUGCUGAUGUGGAUUUAACUAAAGCCACGUUCAGCAGUGACCAAUCAGAAAUUUAUGCCAGGAAUUUAAAAAAUAAAAAAGCAUUAUGGCCUGUUGUAAAUGUCUUCCUUUAUAGGCCACGCUCCUCUGUGUAUGCUAUAAUUGUUUGCAUGGUACUAGUAGUCUCAAGGAACUUUCAAAUGAAACCUACAUACUUGACUCGCAUGCAAACCCUCUACUAUGGUUGUAUUUGAGGCUUGAGUUCCCUUCCAUGGACUUUUGUGGUAAAUAUUGGACUAGAUCUUAGAAGGACAAAGGAAAAGGUUUUUCUUCUCCUAUAUUGCCCUGCAGAUGAGCCCUUUGGGUAUGUCCAUCCUUCAGUCUGGAAAUGUGUCAUACAUGGUACAUAUGACACCAGUAGUGAUCACGCUUUUACACUGGAGAUACAGGUUUACAAUCUCUUCUCCUGUGUGCUGUAUGAAACGGCAUAUUGGAAGAGAAAGGAAGGAUGUAUGGAAGAGAAAUUUCUGGUUGAGUUGGGGGAAAGAAUCAGGAACAAGUCAUCACUGCCAAAGGGGAGGGACAGUAUGUGUGCUGAGUGCUAUAGUAGAACCUACUGUAUGUAGCUGGUUGCCCAACUGCCCAUGUGCGGUCUUGACCAUCUGAAAAGAAAAUGUGAGCCAUCAACCAAAUAUAAUUUCUUUUUGUUUAGUUAUUUUUUUUUUUUUUUUUUUUGGUAAAAAUAAAAUAAAAAAAUCCACAAUAUUUAUUCAUUUAAGGCCAGGUCCACAAAUUCCGUAUGUAUACAGUAAUAUGCUGAUCAACCAGCCUACAAAUCCACACCAGAUUCCACCCUGUGAUACUUGUUGAUUUUGUUGUAUUGCAAAGGAUAAUCUCCAUGGCAUUUCUGCAACAGAUAGGGCCUCCGUUGUGCAUUCAGGUGGUUAAGGCUGCUUUCACAUGUGCGGCACAGCUCUCUGGCAGGUUGUUUUGGCAGAAAAUGCCAGGAAUUGGCCAGAUAAAGUUGCGUGCAUAUUUGCCGGGGAGCUGCCGGAUCCCAUUCUAGUCAAAGGGGUCUGGCGGGCGGGCAGCACUACCCGGUAAUGCCGCAUCUGGAGGACUCCAGCAGGCUCUUCUCUACCGGAGUAGCCUUAGACCUUCAGCUGUACUGUAAUGUGAAGCUGAAUUUCACUGCAUAUUCCACUACAUAUAUACAAUGUGUGAUCAGAGAUGGUAGCCAGUCUACAUUGCACCCAGCACCUUUUUAUAAGCUCUACGUCUGGCAGUGCUCCCUUUGCAAUAUGCAAGUAAUCAGUGGAUUGUUAUUGAAUUAUGACUAGGUCAGAUAUUUUUCCCUCACCAGUGCAGCAUUAGAAAAAAAAUAAUCAGUUAUGUUUUUAGUUUUUUUUCUUCUUUCUUCAAAGUACAGAAGCUUGUACUUGAUGUAGCAUAUCAUUACUUCUAUCACUGACCACUGCUUUCAUACUGGAUCUGGCUUUUACUUUGAUGAACAAACCUGUUACCCAUGGGGAAUAGAUGUGCAGCACAGAAGACUCCUCGAGAAACCUUGAGUAUUUUCCCAGACGAAUACGAAGUCUUCUGUAGAAGAUUAUAGACCAAAUUAGAAAUGACACUAAUUAUCCAGACCGUACUCGCUGUCUUCUCUUCACGUUUCUACCUCAAUUGUUAGGACUGUGGCUCUUUUGUGUGAAGUCUUUUUUUCUGUCUAUUUAAAAUAGAAAAAUGCAUACUAUGGCGUGGCGAGCAAGUUUGUGUUUUUUUUUCUUGAAAUUUUUUUUUUGUUUUCUUGUGUUGUGCAAGUUGGGGGAGAAUACACUACCCACUUAGCUAUGUAUGCUAGAUUUAUUUUUUUAUGUUUACCCCCCAGAAUUUUUAUAGAAUUUUUUUUUCCUUGCUUUAAAUAAGAAAUAUUUUUAAUAGUUUUAUUGUCAGUAUUAAAGUAGAUUGUGCUUCUACCUUGUAUGUGUUGCUUACAUAUCAUUGCGCACAUGUGCUUUUUGACAUGGAAUUAAUGGAGACUAAGUGUAAAAACUGAAGAUCUGCGUACAAGUCUUAAUCUGCUGCCAGUGUUGAAGCUGAAUUUAUUUUUAUUUUAUUUUUUACCUAGAUGUCGUUUUACACUUUUUGUUGUUGUUGGUAGUGAAGAUUAACUCCAUAUUUUUUUUAAAAUAUUUUCAUUUUAAAGCUGUUGUAUAAAAUCAGGGUUUAUUGAAAGCAGUGAUUUUACCAGGCAGAGUGAGUUUUAUUUAGGACACUUUCACACCAAGUUUUUUUUUUUUUGGUGCAGUUUUUAUGCACUUUUGUGUUUUUUAUUGACUUUUUUUUUGGCACCUCCCAUUUUGUUCUGUAAAAACGCCUGCUCCCGAUGUUAGCUGAAGAUCUAUGAAAUGCAGGGCACAAAAGCCGCAGGGGGAGGAGAAAAAAAAAAAACGUAGGAUUUUUUUGUAGCAAAAAAAUAAAUAAAUAAAAAAUGUAUGUGUGCGUGUAUACAUUAGGAACCGUUCGUUAAUUUCUCAUGUGCAUCUGGAACACCUGAUCUUAGCACUUCAACAUACUGAACAGUUGUCAGGUGAAAUUUAGGGAAUAUUUGCUUUUAUUUUACUGAUGUAAUCUUUAAAUAUUUUAUGUGAAAUUUUGUGCAAUAAACCUUUGACUAUAAAUUGUU